CCCUGGUCCGUGCGUUCAGGGUGUGAGCACGUGCGCGGUCACACGCACACGUGGCAGGGCGCCCUGCACGUCCCCGGCCAGCGCACCGCAGCAAGAGCGCCCCGCGCACCAUCUACCCGGCAGGCGAGCGACACCGCCAGGCGCCGCGCUCGUGCAGACGCAGAGGGACAGCGGCGGGGUUCCGUGCGGAGUAUGUGGGGGGGUGGGGGGGUCGCGUCCCCCAUGCGGCUCCACGCGGCGCCGUCCCGCCUGGGCGCGCGUCCCCGCGGCCCCGAGCCCGUGCAGUGGUCGCGGGACGAGCGCGUGAGCGUGAGCUCGGAGCGCGGAGUCCGCGUCGCCGACAUCCUCCUGCUGGGCGGGGGGGAGGAGGAGGCGCCCGGGGUGGGCGACCCGCGGCCUCGACUCCGCGUCACCGCGCUGCAGAUCCCCUCCGCCACCUCCGCGGUGUCCGUGGGGCAGCAGCUGCAGCAGGAGGAGGAGGAGGCGGCGGCGGCGCGCGUCCACCUGGAGGAGGCCGGCGAGGAGGGGACGUUGGGAGCCGCAGAUCGCCACGAGUUUGCGCUGCACCGUGGCUUCACACGCACGCACGGUUCCAACGUGCCGCUGCGCGGUGGCUGCGUGUGUGCACGCUGGAGCCCCGUGGGGUGCGACGUGCGUGGGCGCUCUCUGCUAGUGUGCCUCUCCUCGGAGGGCUUCGUCUCGCUGUGGGUGUGGGCCGAGCGCGACGUCCACACCUGGUCGUGCCUCGCGGACCUCACCCAAAUGUACAGAGACAUUUUAAAGAAGGAAAAUUACCACGCAGCUGAUGGGGCCUCCCUCAAAGACUUUGAUGAAUUCAAGCGGAGGAGCCAGAUGCAGGCGCCCGUGAGCGUGGAGUGGUCGCGCAUGUUCACGACGACGCGCGUCAGAGACAAGACGGGCACCUGCGAGGAGAUUCGCUUCGCCCUCCUCGCCGUGAUGAUGGCCAGCGGCCACAUCGUCGUUUGGCAGGUGUUGGUGCCGGCCAGCACGAGUGCCCACGUGGUGCUGGGCUCGGUGCUGGAGUCGGGCCUGGCAAACCCGCGCUCGCUCAGCUGGUGGGCCUGCCACGUGGGCUCGCAGAACAUCAACGGACUUGUUGUGGGAGACUCCAUGGGGCAAGUGCGCCUCCUGCCGGUCAAUCUCUCUGCUGUCAAGGGCUACUUCACACUGCGGCAGCCAGUGACCCUGUGGUCGAGCCAGGAUGGCCUGUCGGUGAACUUCAUCCGCACGCUUGACAUGGUGCCCUCGGGCGACACGAGCGUGCACGGAGCGAAGCUCCCCUCCUCGCAGGGCUCGGGCGCGCCGGCCGCUCGGCACGCUGGGGGCACCGGCGUCACUGAACAAGCGACCGCCCCCAAGGCCGCCCCCAAGGCCGUCUCCCACGCCCGGGCGAGCCCCCACGCGGGCGCGCUGCCCUCGUCGACGUCUCAGUGCGGCCGCACGAGCGUGGUGCUCGCCGCCCGCGGGCCUCACCUGCUGGCAUGCGUGGUGUGCGUGAGCGGGGGAGGAAUGAGCGUGCAGACGGCGCACGUCACGGGCCUGCACCCGCAGCCAAUCUGCGGCAUGGCCGCUGUCUGCUCGAACCGUUGGGGCGACGGGGACGGCGGAGGCGGCGGCGGGGGGGUGGUUUACACCGCCUCCGCCGACGGCUCCCUGUGCUGCGUGUGGCCCGUGCUGUGCCACAGCGGCGGCGAGGGCGACGUCAGCGUCAGCAUCCCCGCCGCCGCGGGACAGAGACGAUGGGUGCGCUUCGAGAAGCGCGUCAUGAGGCUUCCGGGCCCCCUCGGCCACGCACGCGUCCGCGGCCUCGCGGCGUCACCCAACGGAGCCUUCCUCGCCCUGCUAACCACGGAGGGGCUGUCCGGCGGGGACAGCGAGGAGGAGGAGGAGGCAGCGCCGGGCCAGGAGGGCAAACCGGGGCGAGAUGAAUCUGCCGAGAAACAACGGACUCGGGGAGAUGGCGAAGAUCUGGGCUUCGGAGACGCCGGCGAGCGAGACCCGGCCGCGGAGGCAGCGCGCCACCACAAAACACCGAACCCAGACGGCGGCCACGCGGACGGCGACUUCCCCGUCACUCUCGGCCUCCACCCUCCGCAAAGGACGUACUCGCUCGCGUUCGUCUCGCUCGUCAACCCAGACGAGGCCUUCAGGCGCUUGGUCUCCGUCCCGCCGCCCGACUCGCCCUCUUUGUCCGCCUGCGGCCUGGCGUUUUUGCGGGCCGACCUGCUGGAGGUGCUGCGCUCGCACUCGCUCGAUGUCGGAGGCCGGGUGCCCGCCACCAUGCUGGCCGAGUUGGACCGCCUGACGGAGGCGAAGGAGGGUGGCGUGCGCUCGCGGGACCGGGGCCGCUGGGCCGCCUACCUCACGCGCGUCAGGCUUUAUCUGCUGCGCUUCGCCAUCCACGCCCGGGGGAGGCCGCGGCCACGCUGGCCGCCGGUGGGGGCGGAGGCCUUCGCUCGGCCUCGUCCAGCCACGGGAACCAGUCCAGAUGGGGCCGGCGACGGCGUCCCGUCCGGCGUCAAAGACGAGAGCGUGGACGGAAUCAAAGACGAGGAGGACGAUGACGACGAUGACGACGGCGGUAGUAACGCAGGUGGGGAAUUUAACACUGCAGACGCCACAAGAAUGAAGAGCACGGAGGCUGUCGGUGAAGGUGCUGAGCGCGAGACGGAAUCCGACUGGCUUCUGGCCGAGAUCCGGCGCAGGGAGAGGGUGCUGGCCCGGGGAGCGGCGUGCCGUGUCCUGGAGAGGGCGUUCCUGUGCACGCGCUUCGACCUGCACUUGCACCUGCCAGCGCGCGGCUUGCUCGGCUUCAUCACCAGCGGGGACACGAGCGCGCACGCCACCGACGCACAGGUGCUGGCUGCGAACAUCCUGAAGAAGAUCGGCAAGCAGGACAUUCAGGAGAAGUGCGUGCUGUGUGCCGCAGUCAUCCCCUUCGUGUCGCACGUCCAAGCAACCUGCGCCAAUGGACACCAGUGGCUCAGGUGCGCGGUGACAUUCGCAGCUUGCCAGACGUGGCGGUACCGGCGGUGCAUCCUCCACGACAGCGUGGCGGCCUUCCCCAAGGCCACGGAUCCCGAGUGGAUGAAGCAGCACCUGGACAGCCCGUGCAUCUACUGUGACUCGCCGUACCUGUGAGGUGCCACGUUUACAAAACCGUGCAGCCUCUGGGCCCAGCUCCGCGUUACUCCCCCCCCCCCACCCCCGCGUCUCACAUCGCAUUGUCUUUAACGGGGCUGCGCUUUACAGCUCCAGUUCUAAUGCCCCCACUGAUGAUAGGUUCCUAUUUCUCGACCAAUCGGACAGCAAUAAAAACAACUUUUAAAAGUUUCA